AUGUUUGUUGGUUAUGAGUAUUCAUGUAUUUUGAAGGCUUUUACGAGUAAUCCUGAUAGUACAAUUGUAAAGAUUCAAAAAGGAUUGGAUCUUUAUUUUGCUGUGGCUAAGGAUCAAGAAAUAAUCAAGGAAUUACUCAUUAGAAAGUAUAAAACUAUGGCCAAGAAUGAAAAGUUGUUGGAACCAUUGGGAUUAUUUGGACAUAAUAUGUUAACUGCCGAUUCAACCAAUCCUAUUUGGAAGAAACAUAGAGUAUUGGCUAAUCCAAUCUUUUCAAAUCAUGCUCACUUGAAAAAUGUAUUCAGAGUCACAAUGGAAGAACUUUCCAACAUGAUUAAAUAUUGGAAAGAUAAUUAUGAUUCAGAUGCUGAAGGAAAUAUUAGAAAUGUCAAUACUACACAAGAACUCAAGUCAAUUACACUCACUGUUAUUAACAGAGUUGCUUUUGGUUAUGAUAUUGAGAUUUUUAAUAAGAGUACAAAACACAGAGAUGAAAUUCAUCAAUCGACAACUGACUUGUUGAGUGGAAUCAUGUACAAAUUUGUUUUCCCUACAUGGUUCUUUGAAUAUUUACCGUUUGGAAUUUUUGGCAAAUUCAAGAAGGCAAAGAAUAAUUUCCGUAAGAUUGCCAUGGAUAUGAUUAGUAAAAAGACAGCUGAAAUUCAAAAGAAUAAUGAAAUUAUGGAAGAUGAAGAUUUAUUGAGCUUGUUAAUGAAGAGUAGUGCUUCUCAAAACUUAUCAGAUGAGGAAAAAUUGAGUGAUGAUGAAUUGGUCAGUGCUAUGUUUAUUAUAUUCUUUGCUGGAUUUGAGACAAGUUCAACCUCUUUGAAUUUCAUGUUGAGGCUGUUGGCCAUUCAUCCAGAUGUUCAGGAGAAAUUAAUUGAAGAAAUUGAUGCAACAGUAGAGUCAGCCGAAUCUAUGAAAUUUGAAGAUCUUACCGAAAGACUUCCUCUAUUGAACUCAUUCAUUAAGGAGUCAUUCAGGGUCAAACCAGCAGUAGGUGCCGUUUCCAGAACUGUUGCCAAGAAGGGAGGAGAAACUAUUGGAGGAAUGCACUUUAAUGAGGGAGACCAAAUUGUUUUCAACAUUAUGGUUCAUCACAAACUCUCCCACAAUAAUGCUAUGGAUACUUUCAAAUUUGACAGAUUUUAUCAACCAUCAGAUAAGCAAGACGAUUCUUCAUCAGAAAGCUCAGAUAAGGGAACAAUGGGAAAUUUAACACUCGAGUUUGCAAAGGAUGAUUUGGCCUCCUUCUCACUUGGUCCAAGAGAUUGUCUCGGAAGAAGAAUGGCCUUGAUAGAAGUUAAACAGAUUCUCGUCUAUUUAUUGAAAAAGUACAGAAUUACAGUGCCAGAACAUUUGAAGGAGCAACAGGCUAAAAUUAAGGAAACUUACAUCAUGACAAGAUGUACCUUUGAACCUUUUAUUCUUAAUUUUGAAAAGAGAUGUUAA